CAAAAAAGCAGGCACUGUUGCUCUUUCCCUCUCACAUUCUCUCUUUGUUAUCAUUGUCCUCUCUUACCCUCCAGCCAAAAAAAAAAAAAAAAAACACCGGCGUGCUGGACGAAGACGAAGGAAGACGGUGUCCAGCACCCACCCAUCUGCUCCUCUCACACUCCAACCUCCGUCGGAAUUCCUCGCCUUUUCCUCGAUUCCGAAGGGGAUGGCAGCAGAGGAAGAUGUUGACUUGUCAACCUUGAAGUCUCAGCUGGGUCAAACACAUGAACCUUGGAAGCAGGAGAUAGAACAGCGCCAAUCCCAAGUGAAUGUUUUACAAACAAAGCUUAUGGAGGUAAAGCUUUGCAUAGAGGGGUCCGAGGAAGAUUCAAAAAAGGAAUUAGAGGUUCUUUGGCGUAGAGUUAAAACUACUGCAACUGUGUUAACAUACUUGAAAUCAAAAGCAAGAGUAAUGGCUGUUCCGCAUUUAGCACAUACAUCAUGCGGCAUCAAACAAUUAGAAGGGGUGGGCCUUGUUGAUAAAAAUGGUACACCGUUGUCUGGUUGGUCUAGGAAUGUUGAUCUCACUUCCUUUGAUAGUCUAGAUGAAGAGACUUGGGUUGGGAUUAGCAACCAACAUGAUCCUCUGGAUGAACAAGAUGCGGCUUAUAUUGGUGAACUUCUUAAAUCUGUUCAGAUGGUUACGGAUGUAAUGGAAGCUCUUGUCAAGAGAGUUUUACUGGCAGAAUCUGAAACUGCAAUUGAGAAGGAGAAGGUGACUUUUGGUCAGGAAGAAAUUAAAAAAAAGUCGGUUCAAAUUGAGAACAUGUCUGUGAAGUUAGAGGAGAUGGAACGCUUCGCUCUAGGAACAAAUGGUAUUUUAAAUGAAAUGCGGCAGAGAGUUGAGGAUUUGGUUGAAGAAACUACUAGACAGCGGCUACGAGCUGCAGAAAACGAACAGGAGCUUUGUCGUGUGAAGCAGGACUUUGAGUCUCUCAAAUCAUAUGUCAGCAGUCUUAUCACUGUGCGAGAAACUCUGCUUUCAUCAGAGAAGCAGUUUCAAACUAUAGAGAGACUGUUUGAGCGGCUAGUUGCAAAAACAACACAGUUAGAGGGUGAGAAAAUCCAGAAAGAGACCGAAGUCCAGAAACUUAUGGAAGAAAAUGUGAAGCUGAGCGCUCUUCUUGACAAGAAAGAGGCCCAACUUCUGGCCAUGAAUGAACAAUGCAAGGUGAUGGCUUUGAGUGCUUUUAACAUCUAAUUUGCUAACGCUCACCUGGCCGGUGGUUUGCCUUGCAACACGGUUUGGAUCAGUUCCACCUAUCAACAUACCAGAGAGGCAUGCAGGAAUGAGCGACUCCAGAUGGAAAUCUAUGUCCGAGACCCCUUCUUUCAAUUGUAACAUUGUGAAGAGCCCCUUGAACUCGCUAUCUAGUUCUGUGUUUGCGCUGUUGCUGGACUGAACCCAGAAAAUCAUACAUUGAUUGGAAUGCGAUCUCAUUGUUAAAUUAUUAUUCACUUGCUGUAUAGGUUUCAUUUGAAUAUUGUUGGUGAAUGAUCUGCAUUUGUCCGAACUCCGGUGAAGUUUUAUAUCAAGCACGGUGGUUUAAUCUGUA